AUGUUUCAAACAACAUCAGAAGACUUUUUUCCAAAGAUGGAAAGCUCAGUGGAAGAGAUGGACACUUCUGAUACCCAGUGGGGCUGGUUUUAUUUGGCCGAGUGUGGUAAAUGGCAUAUGUUUCAGACUGAUUCAAACAGUCAUUGCUCUGUUAGCAGUGAAGACAUUGAAAGGAGCUUCCGAGCAAACCCACAAGGCUCUGUUUCUUUCACCACUGCAAAGUUCAACUACACACUGGACUUCUCAGUGAUGAAACAAACCAACCUAACUACCCUCAAGCAACGUCCAAUAAAGCGAGCUCCCUUUUCUAUCAGUGCUUUCAGUUUCAUCUGUGAAAACGAGGCAAUCCCUCUGCCCUCACACUGGGAGAAUGUCAACACUGAGGAGCCCUACCAGCUUAUUCCACUGCAGAAGAAAACAAAUGAAUAUAAUGAAGUUUCUAGUCUCUUUGGAAAAACAAUGGAUAGCCACCGAAUUAAGAGAAUUAAGAGAAUACAAAAUCUGGACUUGUGGGAGUUUUUUUGCAGGAAAAAAGCUCAGCUGAAGAAGAAAAGAGGUGUCCCCACUAUUAAUGAACAGAUGCUAUUUCAUGGCACCAGUAAUGAAUUUGUAGAAGCAAUAUGUAUUCAUAACUUUGACUGGAGAAUAAACGGGAUGCACGCUGCUGUGUAUGGCAAAGGGACCUAUUUCGCCAGAGACGCCUCCUAUUCCAGUCGCUUCUGCAAAGAGGACAUGAAGCAUGGAGACACUUUCCAAAUUCAUGGUGUGAAUCUGCAGCCCCAUCUGCACAGACCAGAUAAAGUCAUGUUUCUUGCUCGUGUACUAACUGGUGACUAUAUCAACGGUGAAUCAAAAUACAUGAGACCUCCUUCAAAAGAUGGAAGUUUUGUGAACUUGUACGACAGCUGCGUGGAUAACACCUGGAACCCAAAGAUCUUUGUUAUCUUUGAUGCCAACCAAAUCUACCCUGAGUACUUAAUAGAAUUUUCUUAA